GACCUAGCGCAAGAUUUUGUGUUAAGAUUCGUGUUACGAAGCGUAGGAUCGCCCAGACGCUCACCCUUUUGGUCCGACUCUGCUUGUCUGGUCUUCCCUCCCUUUCCUCCAGUUUCCUACUUUCCUCUGCUCCCCGCAGCCGCACGGCGAAAACCCUAGCAAGCAAACCACCGUCCACCGGAGGAGCGGCGCUUGCGCGGGCGGAGCCAUGGCGGACGAAGAUUACAACGACGUCAACAUGGGCUACGAGGACGAGCCCGAACCACCUGAGAUUGAGGAAGGGGAUGAAGAAGAGCUUGAGAACAACGAAGAUGCCCCUGAUGAAAUCAUAGGUGGAGAGGGUGAAGAGAAAGAGCAGGAAAAGACCAAGCGCGAGCGCAAAACAUCGAAAUACAUGACGAAGUAUGAACGUGCGCGCAUCUUGGGUACUCGAGCCUUGCAGAUAAGCAUGAAUGCUCCAGUCAUGGUUGAGCUUGAGGGAGAAACUGACCCUCUUGAGAUUGCGAUGAAGGAGCUGAGAGCACGCAAGAUACCCUUCACGAUCAGACGGUACCUACCUGAUGGAAGCUAUGAAGACUGGGGAGUAGACGAGCUCAUUGUGGAGGACUCCUGGAAACGCCAGGUUGGUGGAGACUGAAGAUGCUGAUCUACUUGGCAUUUAAACGAUAUGUGGUGCAGCAGGACUUUCCUGUAGUUACAAGUCUUUGUUGCCUCUAUGAGUGGAUGCUGUAGUCAAUGAACCAAGAUGAAGUAAUGCUAUGUUACCUUAACGUCUGUGGUUGUCUUGAACUCUGAGACCGUAAUGUUAGCAUGGUUGGUGGUUGCAUUAUGCUUGUUUGUUUCAAUUUCAGACAUGCAAUUGCAGCGUUUUAUGUGAAUACCUUCUGUAGCCAAGUGCAUGCUUUGUCUGCCUAAUCUGAUGUUGGAUGUGAUCA